UGGUGCAUGUUCGGAAACGGCUUGCAACGCUUGGGGAAAGCCUACUUAGGCUUUAUGUGUUAUCCGCGUAAUUUCUUUCUCGUUUUGACACUGUCAGCAUGUGCAGUUCAUGCGCGGCGCUGCUGCAGGAGAUGUUUUUGUUUUACCCAAGCCACUGUCAGUCCAAUACAGUGCUGAAUUGAGGUAGCUCGGAGUGUGAAGUCCUGUCUUAGGUCUGCAUUGAGGAAAAAAAGAGACUGAAUAAAUGUUGAUAGUUUUCUGCACGCGCUGCAGACCCCGAAUGAAAACCUUCGAACCUCUCUAAAGGCAAGUUCCUAGGCACACUGCGGAGCCAUUUCACGAUGAGGCACGAUUGAGAAAGCGGAGUUUUUGGGUUUUUUUUUAAAAAUGAGGAAGCAUUUUUUAAAAGAUACUAAAAAGAUACAGGCCUCAUCGUCUGUAGGCCGCGAUCUGUCCGAAAAAAGAAGAAAGGGGGCUCGAGCCUGAUGAAUAAAAAUCGAGUAAAAUGGAACACGAGACAUGCAUAUGGGGAAACAUGGACAGUACCAAUGACGGCGGUGUGCGCGAGUUUGAGAUUGAUCGGAACAAAAUGAAGUACUUCGUGUCUUGAACAUCUGCUUUUUUGCAUUUAAGGAAAAUUCUGGUUUUCGACAUUUGCAAGCAACGUUGAAGUUCCAUGCAGUUCCUUAUCCACAUUUUCAGCGAUUAUUGUUUUGUAGUUUUUAUUUAAAUUUUUUUUAUCUGGAUCCAGCGUUUAAAUUGUUCAAUGGAAGUAUGUUAUCAGUUACCGGUUUUGCCUCUAGACAGGCCGGUUCCCAAGCAUGUUCUCAGCCGGAGGGGAGCCAUCAGUUUCAGUUCCAGCUCCUCUUUAUUCGGCGCCCCCGACCCGAGACAGCUGUCGCAGAGACGCGGUGCGAUCUCUUACGACAGUUCUGAUCAAACUGCUCUGUACAUUCGGAUGCUAGGGGCUUGUGUAAUAUUCAAACAGCUGUUUUCAAGAGAUGUGAGAGUGAGGAGCCAGGUAGGCUUUGAACCUGAGCGAAGGGGCUCGCACCCGUACCUGGGUGUUGAUUUCCGGACCUUGCACUCCCAUGCUGAGCUGGUGGGGUCCAUUCCAGCCCGGAGGAUCCGUAGACUCUUCAGUUUCCAGCGGCAUCUCCUGACAUCUCGCUUGCUGCGGGGUACGCCACACCUCAGCCCCCUGCACUUCCUGGACGAAGACUACUGUGGGCAAGCCAAGUGCAUGUUGGAAAAGGUUGGAAGCUGGAAUUUUGACAUUUUCCUCUUCGACAGGCUGACGAACGGCAACAGUCUCAUCUCCUUGACGUUAUAUCUGCUGACACAUUAUGGUUUAAUUGAGCUCUUCCAGUUAGACAUGGUUAAAGUGCGUCGCUUUUUAGUUUUGGUUCAGGAGGACUACCACAACCAUAACCCUUACCAUAACUCGGUCCACGCUGCCGACGUCACCCAGGCAAUGCACUGUUACCUGAAGGAGCCCAAGCUCGCCAAGUCUCUCACUUCCUGUGACGUGCUGUUGGGCCUGCUGGCAGCAGCCACACAUGACCUGGACCACCCUGGAGUCAACCAGCCCUUCCUCGUCAAAACCAACCAUUACCUAGCCGCUUUGUACAGGAAUACCUCAGUUCUGGAGAACCACCACUGGAGGUCGGCAGUGGGCCUCCUCCGAGAGACGGAACUGUUCUCCCAUCUUCCCACGGAAGACAGCCUGAACAUGGAGAGGCAGCUGGGCUCCCUCAUCCUGGCCACUGAUAUCAGUAGACAGAAUGAAUACCUGUCCAAGUUCAGGACACACCUGGACCAGGAGGACCUGUGCUUGGGGAACACCUCCCACCGCCACUUCGUCCUGCAGAUGGCCCUGAAGUGUGCUGAUAUUUGUAACCCGUGUAGACCAUGGGAGCUCAGCAAACAGUGGAGUGAAAAGGUGACAGAGGAAUUCUUCCAUCAAGGAGACAUUGAGAAGAAGCACAAACUUGAAGUCAGCCCACUGUGCGACAGCGAGACUAACUCCAUAGCCGAUGUUCAGAUUGGUUUCAUGACCUAUGUGGUGGAGCCUCUGUUUGCCGAGUGGGCUCGCUUCUCAGACACGCGCCUCUCCCAGACCAUGCUGGGCCACCUGUGCCUGAACAAAGCCAGCUGGAAUGCCAUGCAGCCUGAGGAGGCCGAGGGCGAGCAGGCCGCCGCCACGGAGGAGCCCAGCUCCAGAGCCUUACCUCAGGGAAGCCAGGAGUGCUGAUGCUCCCUCACCGACUCUGGGCAGAGGACCCACUCCUCCAGCCCCUGCCUGGCCCCAUACCUUAAACCCUCAUCAGUUUCUUUCCUCCCAUCUCAAACCAACCACUGAUUUAUUUAAUUUAUUUAAUUUUAAUCCCUUAUUUUCCCUUUGACAUAAAGCAAUACAUCGAUACCUCAUUCGGCUACUGCUGCGAUUUAAAAAAUGUUUCCCUUCGUUUUUCUUUCUCAUUUGUUUUAUUUAUUUAUCCUUUCUUCAGAGGAGAGCAUUACUAAGAGAACUCAGCUGUGUUUCUAGAGCCUGGAGAAAUGCUAAACAGAAAGAAUCCCUUCUGCUGGGUUAUAAGUGCCAUUUUCACCACAUUGGAAUUGCUCUAUUAGCGAGUUUAACACCAAGAGUAUUCAUAAGGUUGUUUUUUUUUUUUUUAACACAACUGCACCAAGAAACAGGAGGGAGGUGUGUGUGUGUGUGUGUG